AGGCGCGGAAGAUGCAGCCUGCCUUAACAAUCACUUCUCAACAGCCAGUCUUCCCCAACUCUGUCUCGUAGCAUCUACAGACCGAAAUUCCUUUCUUGAAACUUAUCAGGCUAGUUUCAACACUCAUCCUAAGCCCAAUAGCCGAGAUAACCACGCUCUACAGAAGCGACUCACCAUGCGCAACUGAUCUCAAAGAACCUGCUUCGAAGCUCCAAAUAUUCUCGCUAUCGUACGAUCAAACGAACAUACACACGUAUCAAUGCGGCUCCUUCACAUCACAAGCGAUGGAAGGCUCGAUUUCACGAAGGACUUCAUCCGUAUCAAGGAUGCUCCGCCAUAUGCAAUUUUAUCGCAUACUUGGGGGGAGGAAGAAGUGCUCUUCGAAGAUCUGAAGAAUCUUGAUGAUUUCAAAAACAUACCUUUACAGGAAAAAGAGGGAUGGAAAAAGAUACACUUUUGCGUACAGCAGGCAAAGCGUGACAAAUUGGAAUAUUUCUGGAUAGAUACCUGUUGCAUCGACAAGGCAAACUUUACGGAACUCUCGGAAGCGAUCAACUCAAUGUUUCGAUGGUAUCAAAAUGCAGAAAGAUGCUAUGUCUUUCUUGCAGACGUCAAGGCAAACUCUGUCGACAUAGAUAGAGGUUCAUCUCUAAGAUGCAAGGCAGCUUUUACAGCCAGUAGGUGGUUCAAAAGAGGUUGGACGCUUCAAGAGCUUCUAGCCCCACAUUCCGUUGAAUUCUUCUCCAGAGACGAAGUACGUCUGGGUGACAAAGAGUCUCUUAAGCAGAUAAUACACGAGACUACAAGAAUACCUAUCAAGGCUCUGUCAGGGAGCGAUCUAUCCGACUUCCACUUUACUCAGCGGAUCUCUUGGAUGGAACAUCGCAAGACGACAAAGGAAGAAGACGGAGCCUACUGCCUGUUAGGCAUUCUUGGAUGCAAUCUCCCACUGAUCUAUGGCGAAGGUGAAAAAGGGGCACAGAAGCGGCUGUUGAAAGAGGCGAGCGAAGCUUUCGAGGACGGCAAGAGCGCCUCCGCAAUCGAACUCAAGAAGCUCACCAGGAUAUGUAGCUGGCUUUUGGCACCUGAUCCGUCCGAAAACUACCACAAAGCGCUCAAGCUGCGACAGGCUGACACUGGGCUUUGGCUGCUAGAAAGCGCGAAGUUGAAAAUUUGGAAGGAGAGCGCAGCGUCAUGGCUAUGGCUACAUGGUAUUCCAGGAUGCGGAAAAACCAUCCUAAGCUCUACGAUCAUCGAGCACCUGCUACAGUACUGCCAAGAUAAGUCUCAUUGCGUGACAACGUACUUUUACUUUGACUUCAACGAUGCGGAGAAGCGAGAUCCGGUACUCAUGCUCCGCUCAUUGUUACGCCAGCUCCUUCAGCGUUUGAACAGCUUACCGAAAAGCGUUGACGCGUUGUAUACGUUCUGUGGAGAUGGACAGCAACCACCAACACUGCAUGCACUUUUGGACGUAGCGCGGAAGGUGAUACGACAAUUCACGCAUGUUUAUAUCGUCCUGGAUGCGCUCGACGAGUGUGCACAACGCCCAGAAUUGAUGGACAUACUUGAAACAGUGGCUCGGUGGGAGCUUGGAAAUGUGCAUGUGCUAUUGGCGAGUCGAAAAGAGCGGGAUAUCGAGAUGCACUUGGAGAACUACGUCGAAGAGAAUGACACCAUAUGCCUCCAAAGGGAUAUAGUAGACAGAGACAUAUUACGAUACGUCAAGCAAAGGCUGCAUGACGAUAGAAGCCUAGCAAAAUGGGGCAAGGAUGCCAAUAUCAACCAAGAGAUCGAAGCAGCACUAAUGAGUGGAGCUCAUGGAAUGUUUCGAUGGGCCGUAUGUCAGCUUGACACGUUGGUAAAAUGCCGCAAUCUAGCGAUGCUGCGCAAGUCACUCGCCACCCUACCACAAACACUGGACCAGACAUACGACCGUAUUCUUACCGCAAUAAGAGAAGACGACUGCGUCUAUGCGAUACGUAUCCUACAGUGGUUAACCUUCUCUGCGAGACCGCUUUUUAUCGAAGAAGUUGCCGAAGUCGUCGCUAUCGAUAUUGCACGCGAACCAGCGUUCGACCGUGACGAAGUCCUGAUAGACCCACAAGACGCACUUGACAUCUGUUCUAGUCUGGUAAAGGUCGUAAAUACAUCUGGUCGACGGAUUAUCACUCUCGCGCACUACUCAGUUCAAGAAUACCUUGUGUCAGACAGAAUCAAGCAAGGGCCGGCGAAACAGUACAGCAUGAACAGAGUUGAAUGCUCAAGAGCAAUAACGAAAGGUUGUUUAGCAUACUUGAAUCAUUUUCGGCAAGCGAUCUCUAAAGAGCUUCUGGAGGUUUCUGCGCUCGCGGAGUACUCCGCGGAGUUUUGGGAUGUCCACUUACAAGAGACAGGAGACGGAAUGGAAGAGAUGAGUCAGCUGGCAGUAAGCUUAUUGUUGGCGGACACUCCUGCAUAUCUCACCUGGAUACGAUUAUACGAUCACGACGAUACUGCACGAGGUGUGAACCUUAGCCAAGUGGAGGGAAGCACAGCUGCACCCCUUUAUUACGCAGCACUAAGAGGCUCGAGUACAAUUACAAAAAUCCUGCUAGAUCAUGGCGCCGAUGUCAACGCCCGUGGAGGGUACUUAGGUACUGCACUACAAGCAGCUUUGGUUAAUGGCCACGAGGCCGUAGUGAAGCUCCUGAUUGAUGCAGGCGCCCAUAUCGUCGUCCCCGGUGGACGCACCGGCAGACAAUGGCGUCGUUCCCAACGACACAGCAGGGCCGGUGGUAACUAUCACGACUCCCCUGGUCAGCCGACAGUCCUCCGUUGGAUGCGAUGACGUGUGCAUGUGUCUCCAGUGUCCUCCUGCAUAUCAGAAACCUACUCGGAGUCUGGCCAGUACCACGAAGUCCUUCCGGACGCGGUUCGUCUUUGAAUGCAUGUGUGCCGCCGACAGCGUAGCGUCCGAUGAUGAUCAGAACCUUCGUUGGCAGCUUCAACAGCGAUGCUCCAUUUGGUGUACUCUCUCCUACCCCAGCCUACUACAGUGAUGUAGUCUAAGAGUUAUAGUAUAGACAUAAAGAGUCCAAAAUCAUACAACGCUUUUGAUCUCUACAGAGUCUUCAUUCAGAAAUUGAUGUAGGCCUUGCGGUAGGGCACAGUUCUUAGAGUAUAUUCUACUUUUCCCUACUACAAUAAUGUAUGUUAAGAUUUAU